AUAAAAAUACCUUCGGUAACUUUUUAUGAAUUUGAAAACUCCAAAAAACCGUGUUCACAAUUUUCACUUCGAAUACCCCCACAACCUUUCCAAAUUUGGGGCAAAAGCUAGUGCCUGACUUGCUUCACCAUGGGGCCAGCACUCCUUCUCAUCUUUAAGGCAUUUUGGAGUGGAAUAAAUCUUGGUUGGUUGUGUUCGAGAAUUAGGCCAAAUUUUUUUUUUUUUGCUAAACAUUAUAAAUUUUCGGUGUUUUUUUUAUUGUGGUCUCAUUUAUUAUUAGCCGUCCCUUUUUACUUGUUAAAUUUUAACUUGGCACACCUAUUAUGAAAAUAAUGAUUGAUGCAGUGAGUUUUAACAUUUUAACUCUAUUAAUUGAUAAGGUGUCAAACAUAUUUACUUACUACAUUUUUCAAAGACAUUAACUCAUGAAUGUUAAUGAAUUGAGAGUAUAAUUGGAAUUUUUUUUUUGUCUAACUUAACUUAUAGUGGUAGAUUGGUAGUUAACAGCUCCUUAAAGUAAUUUAUAGGCUGAUUGUUGUGGAAAUAACAGCUCCUUUUGUUAUUACCAGUUUUGAACAAACUAUUCCUUAGUUUUAAUUGUGUUGUAGGUUACAUAUGUUCUAUCUUCUUCCUAUAAUUAAAGAUGCUUAACUCUUUUUUCUUGUUGCAGUAAGUGAGCAAGGAAAUAUGGAAGAGAAGAGUCAUGAGAUCGCGAAAGAUGUGACAGAACUUAUUGGAAGCACCCCUAUGGUAUAUCUCAACAAAAUCGCGGAAGGUUGUGCUGCCCAAAUUGCAGCCAAAUUGGAGAUAAUGCAACCAUGCUCAAGUAUCAAAGAUAGGAUUGCAUGGAGUAUGAUCAAAGAUGCAGAAGACAGGGGCCUGAUUAGUCCUGGAAAGACGGUCCUCAUUGAGGUAUCCAGUGGAAAUACCGGCAUUGGUCUUGCGUCUAUUGCAGCAGUUCGUGGCUAUAAACUCGUGAUAGUGAUGCCAGGAUCAUAUAGUAUUGAGAAAAGGAUUGUUCUUAAAGCUUUGGGGGCUGAGUUAUACAUCACAGAUCCUGCCAAAGGUAUAGAUGGUGUGCUUCAGAAGGCCCAAGAGAUAAAAGACGGAACACCGAGCUGUUAUUUUCUUCGUCAGAGCGAAAACCCUGCCAAUCCAAAGAUACAUUAUGAAGCAACUGGACCUGAAAUAUGGAAUUGUACCGGAGGGAAAGUUGAUAUUUUAAUUGCUGGGAUUGGGACUGGAGGCACAGUGACAGGAAUUGGAAGGUUUCUUAAGGAGAAGAAUCCAGAAAUAAAGGUAUAUGGUUUAGAACCAACCGAAAAUGCAUUUCUAAAUGGAGGACAACUAGGGCCGCAUAAAAUCCAAGGAAUUGGUCCUGGUUUAAUCUCACCUGUUCUCGAUCUCAGCAUCCUGGAUGAAGUUCUUCAAGUAUCUAGUGAUGAAGCUAUUGAAAUGGCAAAGCUUCUUGCAUUGAAAGAAGGUCUGCUGGUAGGAAUAUCAUCGGGGGCUUCAGCUGCUGCUGCAGUAAAAGUAGCAAAAAGGCCAGAAAAUGCUGGGAAACUUAUUGUGGUUAUUAUCGCUAGUUCUGGAGAGCGUUAUCUUUCCACUGUGCUGUUUGAUUCCAUUAGAGAAGAGGUGGAAAACAUGACUUUUGAGUAACAUUAUGCUGCUUUGGAUUGAGAAAUAAGGUAUUCAAGGAAGUGUUAUGUUGUUACUUGAGCUAAAAUAGUAAAAACAACUGAAUUGUAAGCUCCUAAAUUGGUGAACUAGUGUUAAUGGAAACAAAUAUUCUUACCAUUUGAACAAUAUAAAGAAAAACUAUUUGAUUCGUCUA